ACUUUUUCACAACCAAGAUCCAAAAUCUUUUUUCCCCAAUAGAAUAAUUAGAAACUCCCAUAAAAUUUAAUAUAUACUUUUUUAUAAAAAACCAGCUUUACAAGCAGGAACAUCAAAACGAAGUGUCGCCGUUUGAAUCUCUCCUCUCUUCUAUACGCAGCCUCAAUUCAACCACAAAGCUACGCCUCUGUAAUAACUGAGACCACAAUGAAACUCCAUAGCCUCGAUGUAGCCUCACCCUGCGACUUGAGCUCGUUCGGCGCAGCUCGACCCUCCUCGUUUUGUCGCCUAAACAAGCCCAAGUUCACCGUAGCUUCGCCUUCUCCGGCUCCCAUAUUUAAGCGGUUCUCCAUCUUCUGUGCGGUUCGUUUUCGACCCUGCAUUGAUAUACACAAGGGAAGAGUGAAACAGAUUGUGGGUUCAACCCUUAGCGACUCUAAAGAAGAUGGGUCGAGUCUUGUAACCAAUUUUGAAUCUGAUAAAUCAGCUGCUGAGUAUGCAAAUUUGUACAAAGAAUAUGGACUUACAGGUGGUCAUGUGAUCAUGCUCGGAGCAGACCCUUUGAGCAAAGCUGCAGCUAUAGAAGCAUUACAUGCCUAUCCUGGCGGUCUGCAAGUUGGAGGUGGGAUUAACUCUGACAAUGCUUUGAGUUACAUAGUGGAAGGGGCUAGCCAUGUGAUUGUCACAUCGUAUGUAUUCAACAAUGGGAAAAUGGACCUUGAGAGGCUUGAGGAUCUUGUUCGUGUUGUUGGAAAGGAAAGACUUAUAUUGGACCUCAGCUGCAGAAAGAAGGAAGGUAAAUAUGCAAUUGUCACUGAUAGAUGGCAGAAGUUCAGUGAUGUGUAUCUGGAUGAGCAAGUAUUGGAUUUUCUUGCCAACUAUGCGGAUGAAUUUCUGGUCCAUGGUGUUGAUGUUGAAGGGAAAAAGCUGGGCAUUGAUGAAGAGCUUGUAGCAUUGCUUGGAAAACAUUCCCCGAUUCCGGUCACUUAUGCUGGUGGUGUCACAGUCAUGGCCGAUUUAGAGGUAAUAAGAAUGGCAGGAAAGGGGCGUGUGGAUGUCACAGUGGGAAGCGCUUUGGACAUCUUUGGAGGCAACUUGGCCUACACAGAUGUGGUUGAUUGGCAUGCCCGGCAACAGAUCUUGACAGUCUAGUAUCCUAGUCAUGUUCUUUUAUAUGUCGUGCUUUUAUCAUUUCUAGCUUCAAAAUGGAUUUUGACUUCUUUUACUUGUAAUUUAUGGACACUGGAGUGUGACUUGUGAACUCAAAGUCAGCCUAUGCAACUUAAGGCUAACAGAGGAAACUUUUAUCUUGUAGUAUUUAUUUUGGAGAGAAAUUUACAUCUAGUAACCUUUUUACA